AUCCGACUUGGCUGAGACACAUCGGUUUGCUGCUCAGCCCCGAUAGAGCGGCCAGACAGUGACUUCCACCCCCUUUUCGGAGCGUGGCUGGGUGUGUGUGUGUGUUUUUUUUUUUAAGAGGAGGGGUGUCUGUUUUCCUUUAACCAAAGCAAGAACCGUUUAAGGGCGUCAUGACGGCACCCGGUAUGUCACUGGCCUUGUCCGAUCGGCCUGGGAAUCAGAAGGCACGUCGGAUUUUACCGAGAAUAUGAGAGCAAUGGUGAUACGGCACGAGAGCGUCUAAAGACCUCCUCUGUGGGCUGCUAAUAGGCACACUAGCAUUAGCAGCCUAGGAACGGAGCUAACGGAACCAGCCCAUCGUUCUUUGAUCCUUCGCCGUAGGACAUCGCCGCCUCCAACUCUGCGAGCAAUGAUGUUAGCACGCUAAACGUAAGGGAAGAAUUAUUAUUUUUCUCAGGUUUCGUCUCCCUUGAAUGUAACACGAAUGGUGGUGACGCUUUACCUGCUCCCAAGUCAGUCGUUCACUGAGGGACCAUUUCCUCUUUUGGCGUUUGGACUUGGCAGCCCAGGCAUGAGAUAAUAAAGUCAAGCAGCUGCAACAAACGACACCUGCGGCGCUUGUGAGGCUGCCGCACCUCUUCCUCCCGGCCCGUACUCUUUCCCCAUCCGUCCUGCUGCUUUAUAGUCCUUCAGCAGCCCUCGACAUGACCACGCCAGCGCUUUUACCGCUCUCUGGGCGCCGUAUACCCACACUGUCGCCGGGUGCCUCUUCCUUUCCGCACCACCGCGCUACCUUGAGAAUCUCGGAGAAGUUCAUCCUGCUGCUCAUCCUCAGUGCCUUCAUCACUCUGUGCUUCGGCGCUUUCUUCUUCUUGCCCGACAACUCCAAGCACAAGCGCUUUGACCUGGGCUUGGAGGACGUACUCAUCCCACACAUUAACUCGCCCAAGGAGGGAAAACAUGUUUCUGGACAGGUGAUCAUACACAGUCAGGGAGGACAUGAUGAGCACCGACACAGGGAGGACAAAGAGAGCCUUCGCGAUAAGAUUCGUGCCGACCACGAGCGGGCCCUGCAGGAGGCCAAAGAAAAGCUGCGGAAGUCGCAUGAGGAGCUACAGGCUGAAAUCCAGACUGAGAAGAACAAGGUGUUGGAAGAGCUGAAGAAAAAGGACACAGGGCCAAAGCCCUUGCCACCCGUGCCCAUGCCCAAGGUGGUGGGCGUUGGCGACGGCGAGCCUCUCGAACCCGAAGUCAAGGAGAAACGGAACAAGAUCCGGGAGAUGAUGAAGCAUGCAUGGGACAGCUACCGUCAAUACGGCUGGGGUCACAACGAGCUCAAGCCACUCGCCAAGAAAGGACAUUCUACAAAUAUAUUUGGUAAUUCUCAGCUUGGAGCAUCCAUCGUGGACGCCUUGGACACGCUGUACAUCAUGGGCCUGCAUGAAGAGUUCAAAGAUGGGCAGGGGUGGAUUGAUCAGAAUCUGGACUUCAGUGUGAAUGUUGAGGUGUCUGUGUUUGAGGUCAACAUCCGCUUCAUCGGAGGCUUGCUGGCAGCUUACUACCUCUCUGGACAAGAGAUGUUCAAGUUAAAGGCAGUGCAGCUUGCUGAGAAGCUUCUCCCUGCUUUCAACACCCCCACAGGAAUCCCUUGGGCCAUGGUCAAUCUGAAGAGUGGUGUUGGACGGAAUUGGGGUUGGGCGUCGGCCGGCAGCAGUAUCCUUGCAGAGUUUGGAACGCUGCACAUGGAGUUUGUUCACCUCACAUACCUGACAGGAAACCCUGCCUACUACCAGAAGGUAAUGCACAUCAGAAAAUUGCUAGCCAAAAUGGAUCGACCGAACGGGCUCUACCCAAACUACCUGAGCCCUCGUACAGGUCGCUGGGGCCAACACCACACUUCGGUCGGUGGCCUGGGGGAUAGCUUUUACGAAUACCUGCUAAAGGCAUGGCUCAUGUCAGACAAAACGGACACAGAAGCACGCAAGACAUACGACGACGCCAUUGAGGCAAUCGAGCGCCAUCUGAUCCGCAAGUCCAAUGGUGGCCUGACAUUCAUCGGUGAGUGGAAAAACGGCCACCUGGAGAGGAAGAUGGGCCACCUGGCAUGCUUUGCCGGCGGCAUGUUCGCGCUGGGCGCAGACGGCUCACCCGACGACAAGGCUGGCCACUGGCUGCAGCUUGGCGCAGAGAUCGCACACACCUGCCACGAGUCAUACGAUAGGACAGUGGUGAAGCUGGGCCCUGAAGCGUUCAAAUUUGAUAGUGGGCUGGAGGCGGUUGCUGUGCGGCAGAACGAAAAGUACUACAUCCUACGUCCCGAAGUCAUCGAAACUUACUGGUACAUGUGGCGGUUCACCCACGACCCCAAGUACCGCCAGUGGGGCUGGGAAGCAGCACAGGCCAUCGACAAGUACUGCAGAGUGAGCGGAGGCUUUUCAGGCGUGAAGGAUGUCUACUCUUCGAACCCGACAUACGACGACGUGCAGCAGAGUUUCUUUCUGGCCGAGACACUCAAGUAUCUCUACCUGCUGUUCUCUAGCGACGACUUAAUGCCACUGGAAAGUUGGGUCUUCAAUACGGAGGCCCAUCCGCUUCCUGUGCUCCACCUGGGCAACAUCACCCUGCCGGGCAGCGAGCCAGCCCAGCAGUAAACGCCCCCGUCCGCCAACAAACACCGGACUGAUUUUUAUCAGUUUCUUCAGAUGUGGACCAUAUCGGAGCUUGAGAACUCCCUAAAAACUCUGGUACCCCAGAGUGGACCAUUUAAUUUUUGUUUCAAUGUUUGGUGUUUGUUUGACCAAACUCUUUAUCUUUCUCUCUUUAUUGGGGACACACCAGUUGAAUCAAAACUUUAGUUUCAUGCCACAAUUUUGGCGGCCGUCUUUUUGGACAGGUGUGGAUCCUUCAGAGCGGACAACAGAGCAACAGUUUGACUGGCUUCAUCAUCGGUCCUGCUAAAAAUAUCACCGCCUACUCAAAACAGAAAGGAAAGAAAAAAAAAAAAACUGCUGCUACGCUAUGAUUGGAUGCUGCUUUUUGUCUUACCUUUCCCACUCUUUUUUUUUUUUUUUUAAUGUCCUUUUUUCCAUCUUUUGUGUGCUUCAUCUGUUUCAACUUGUGCAAAUCUCAUGAUGAGGAUGAGCGGAAUCAGUCACUCAAUCGUCUGACUCUUUGGCCGCUCGCUGCCUUCAUUCAUCAUUCAAAUGCUUCAUCACCUCCUGCCUUUUUAUCCAUAAACUAUAUGCUAUCAUCAGCAUUCUGAAAUGAAGUAAAUCUAAUUUGAGGUCCUGUGGUCUGCAUUUCCAUCUUUUCCUGACUGUUGUGUUAAAUCUUCAAGUUGGCUUGUUCGUGGGUUUACAGUAUAUUCAUCGGUCCUGACUUUCUCACAUCGAAUUUUUCUUUUGCGCUAGGAUGGUUAAUUGCAUUUAUGAUGUAGUUUUCUUCCCCGAAUUUGUUACAAUGAGCUCAAAAAUAUCUAUUGUGAAAGCUGACAACUUUGGCCAAUCAGUUUUGUGAUAUCCAAUAUUUGGUUAUUGAUGGGUUAAACUACAGUUCGGAUUAUGGAUCGUUUUAAGCGUAGACGAAAAAACUUUCCAAUUAGAUAAAUUUGUUGAAUUGUAAUAGUUUGGUAAUGAAUAAACAAACUUAAAAUGAUCGCAAUAUCAUAGUUCAGUGUAAUUUGUCAAGACAUUUUAAAAUCACUCUCUUAAGUGACUUUGUAGUUGCUUUGGCAAAACCUUGAAUACAAAUUUGAAGAUUGAUCAGAAUUUAGCACUGCAACAAUUAAUGGACCACUAAUCAUAUAAUAUAAAUUAUAAUGUUAAUUGAUUAACCGAUUAAUAUAAAAUUGUCCAAAUUCUCACAAUUUAGCCUCAACAGUAAAUAUUUUGAUUACUGAUCAUCCUCCAUGAAUGUACACUUAUCUUUGUAGUAAGUCAAAAUAAGGUUUUUGCAAACUUAUGCUUCUACUUCGAAAGACAAUGAUCAAUAUUUUUGCCCAUCUUUUGACAUGUUAUGGACCAAAGCAGUGACUGAAUAUCAAAUUUGUGUAUUUUCUUCAGUCAAUUUGAAAUGUCCUGUUUUUGAAUAUGUGGAUGGAAAUCAAAACUUGUUUUUUAUCUGAUUCAUCGAUAAUUGAUAACUAGUUAAAAUAUCAAGUCAAUAUUAAAACAAAUGUUAGUUGCAGCCCGAAUUGAGUUGCAAUCAAACUCAAAGAUAGUUGUAUGCAGAUAAAUCCUGAAUUGCGCAUAAUCCUGAGUUUUUGUUUUAUUCUUUGCUGUUUAAAAUAUUUUGACUGCUUAAGCCUUAUCGUCUGUCGUGACGCAAAUGUGCCAUUGCCAUGCUCUUUUACUUUCAGACAUUGUGAUAUUUUUUAUGGGGGUGCUAAAAGUUUAGAACUGUGACGUGAAGCAGAUUAACAGAGGACUGAAAUGACGACGCCGGUUCAAUUAAAAUGCUAGUGGAAUUUUCAGAUUUUUUUUUUUUUGGAUGCAGACUGAAUUGAGCCAUCGUUUGACUCUUUGAAAAGAAAAAAAGACCAAAAAAAAUGAACUGCUACACAUUGUCGCUUUUCAAUGAAAAGCAUGUAUCCUUAGAUGUUCUGAAUUUUGUUGUUGUUGUUUUUGUUUUUUAUCCCAAAAAUGACAAAUGACCUUUCCUCGCGUAUCAGAUAAAGAGAGGGCUAAAAAAAAUUCUAAAUUCUGAGAAAUAUUCCUUUACAAUAGACCGACGGCGAUGUCAUGCAUUAUUAGGUUCCUUGUUCGCAAAUGUAAACUUGAGGUAUUUUUUUUGUUGUUGAUUGUUAAAUUAUUAUUAUUUAAAGUAAAACAAACUCCAGUAUCUCUUAAUUUGGAGGAAGUGCAUCAAUUUUGGCCAGAUAAUAUUGGGACGUAUUGAUUUUCAUGAUGUCACUUUCCUCCGCAUCAUCGCUUUCAGAAUCCCGUCAACCAUGUGGCUGCCGCUGGCCAGCCAAUGAGUGACUGUGUUCUCUAUUUGUAUUUUUACUUAACUACUAAGAAAAAGUAUGUGUAAAUAUGUUUAAAAGUCAGACACAUUCAAUAAAGUUGUUGCUACAAGUGACGAUCGGAA